AUGUCCACAACAUCAACAACCAAAACAUCUGGCGCACCAGAGGCCGUCUUGAGAAGAAGAGCCACAUCACAGAAGAAGAACUUGAUGUUUGCCAAGGCUGAGAGGGAGCGCCCCAAGGCCAAGACCACAACAUUGCGCUUCAAGCGUGCCGAGAAGUACACCAAGGAGUACCGCAACUCUGAGCGCGAGAACAACCGUCUGGAUCGCCUCGCCAAGAACCCCAACGCCAAAUCACUCAAGAUACCAUCAGAUGCCAAGAUCGCCUUUGUCAUCCGCAUCCGCGGUGUCUACGGCAUUGCACAGAAGCCCAAGAAGGUGCUCCAGCUGCUGCGUCUGCUGCAGCUGAACAACGGUGUGUUUGUCAAGCUGAACCCCGCCAUGAUCAACAUGCUCAAGAUCGUCGAGCCAUACAUUGCCUACGGCUACCCCAACCACAAGUCUGUCAAGGAGCUCAUCUACAAGCGUGGUUUUGCCAAGAUCGAUGGUCAGCGUCUGCCCAUCACCAACAACGAGAUGAUCGAGGAGCAUCUCGGCCGUCACGGAAUGCUGUGCGUUGAGGACCUUGUCCACGAGAUCUUCACCUGCGGCAAGUACUUCCGCGUCGUCAACCAGUUCCUCUGGCCAUUCAAGCUCAACUGUCCACGUGGAGGAGUCAGCACCAAGAAGACCAACGUCAUUGAGGGAGGCGAUUCUGGCAACCAAGAGCACCUCAUCAACAACCUCAUCCAGAAGAUGAAC